UCAUUGUCAAUGUAUGACGCGAUUGACGUUUUCCGUAAAACCGUAGAAAGUAGAAGCUUUGUAAAAAAAUAAAUAUUUUAUAUUUCUGGUAAAAUUGUACUAAAGUACAUGUUGUUUCAAGUGAAGUGAAAGUGUUGUCGAAUUAAUUUUAAAAGUAUAUCAUGGCCCCUAUCGCUAAAGUGUCAGUUGACGAAACAGAUUCUGGGUCAGAUUCAGAAAGUUCCAGCGGCAGUCACAGCAAGAGCCCCAGUCCUGCUCCUGGUAAAGAGGGCAGCAAAUCUAGAUCUGUGUCUCAUAGUCCAGCUAGAUCAGGCAGUGAAUCUCCGAAAUCCAAUGCUUCAGGCCGAUCUAGAAAGUCAUCGAAUGCUUCCCAUAGCAAAUCGCCUUCUCCAGCUCAUUCUAACAGAUCACGAUCCAAAUCUGCCCAAAGUAACAAAUCUGGUUCAACAAGUCCAAAGUCACAAACUUCUGUAAGUCCUUCUCGAAGGACAUCUCGAUCCAGAAGCGGAUCCAGAAGGUCCCGAUCUGGCUCUGGUAGUGCCAGGUCACGUUCAGGCAGUCCAAAGUCAAGAUCUGCGAGUCCAAAAUCUGGAGCACACACCCCAAAGUCUGGAUCACACAGUCCAAAAUCAAGAUCUCAAAGUCCUAAGUCUAGGUCACAGAGCCCAAAAUCGAGGUCCCAAAGUCCAAAAUCACGUUCUCAGAGUCCAAAAUCACAGGGUGCAAAAAGCAAAAGCCGUUCCCAGUCGAAAUCUGCAAGUGGAAGUCCGAAGAGCAGAAAGUCUCGGUCAAGGAGUGGGUCUUCUAAAUCUAAGAGUCCUGUAGCCAGGCCAGAUGUCCAAGACAGCAGGUCAAAUUCACCAAACCUCAUGAUUGAUGAUGAACAGGGAAAUGAAAAGUCAAAGAGUCGCUCAAGGUCUGGUUCCCGGCAGUCUCGGUCAAAAUCGCGCAGCAAGUCCAAAAGCCGUUCAAAGUCUCGCUCCAGGUCUAAGAGUUCAGAAGAUGGAGCUGGAGACAAGAAGAAGCGUGCCAUGCUCUCGGAUUCCGAAAGCGGUGACGAACAGAAAUCAGCUUCGAAGCGUAAGAAGGGGUCCGAAAGCGGAUCAGACAGUGACAAACCCAAGAGGAAGGCCAAGAAACUGGAGGAUUCUGACGAUGAUGACAAUCAAGAGAAAACUGAUACGGUUACCGCGGACGCGCUAUUCGGUGACGCGUCCGACAUUAGUACGGACGACGAGGCAGACAAGAGGUCGCGGUCAAGGUCAAGGUCACGGUCGAGGUCAAGGUCGCGCAGUCGCAGUAGAGGACGAUCGGACGACGAUAGGAGGUCGGGAGAUGAAGCCAGGAAAAGUGGGGAUGAGGAAAACCGCGAGAAACCGGAAGAGGAAGAAGAACAAGAGAUACCCGAAACCCGAAUCGACGUGGACAUGCCCAAGAUCUGGACCGAAUUGGGCAAAGAGUUACACUUCGUCAAACUUCCUAACUUCCUGUCAGUGGAGACUCGCCCUUAUGACCCUAACACGUACGAAGACGAGAUUGAUGAAGAGGAAACUUUGGAUGAGGAAGGUCGUGCCAGAUUGAAGCUAAAAGUGGAGAACACAAUCCGGUGGCGGACAAAUUUCGACAAGGAAGGCAACGUAAUCAAGGAAUCCAACGCGCGCAUGGUGAAAUGGUCCGAUGGCAGUAUGUCCCUGCAUCUCGGCUCUGAGAUAUUCGACGUCUACAAACAACCGUUAUUGGGCGACCACAACCAUCUAUUCGUCCGUCAAGGCACAGGUCUCCAGGGUCAAGCAGUGUUCCGUACCAAGCUGUCAUUCCGUCCCCACUCCACGGAAUCAUUCACUCAUCGCAAAAUGACGUUGUCAUUAGCGGACCGCUCCACCAAGACUUCGGCGAUCAAGAUAUUGUCACAAGUCGGACAAGAUCCUGAUGCUGAUAGGAAAUACCAGCUUAAGAAAGAAGAAAUGGAGCUUCGCGCCGCCAUGCGCUCCCGAGCGUCGUCCCGCCCCAAGCGGCGCGCGGGCGCGGGCGCGGGCGCGGCGCGCGGCGCGCGGCAGAACGACGACUCCGAGGACGAGGGCGGGGUGUCGCUGCAGGCCAUCAAGAACAAAUACAAGCAGGGACAGAAAGCGACGGCCGGCGCCGCGAUAUACUCGUCGGAGUCUGACGGCUCGGACGUGGAGACGCGGCGCGCGCGGCGCCUCGACCGCGCGAAGGCUCUCAAGGACUCCGACUCGGAGGGGGGCAGCGACGCGGGGGACGGGGGAGGGGGCACGCCGCGCGGCAGCAGGACCGCCAGCCCCAGCGGCAGCGAAUAGUGUUAUUAAGGCUCA